AGCCUCCGCGCUGCGGCUGCGCACUCGAUGACCUUUCCGAGUUGUUGGCUGUAGGGUCGGCUACGGCCUGAGCCGUGGGUCCCGCGCCGAGAUGCUUCAGAGCAUUAUUAAAAAUGUUUGGAUCCCUAUGAAGCCCUACUAUACAGAAGUUUACCAGGAGAUUUGGAUGGGAAUGGGGUUGAUGAGCUUCAUCGUGUAUAAGAUCAGGAGUGCUGAUAAAAGAAGUAAAGCUUUGAAAGCUCCUGCGCCUGCUCAUGGUCAUCACUAACCAGCUUUCCGUGGAGUACACAUGAGAUGAAACACCAGUCCACCUGUAAAUCCGAGCAAGCUGUGUUAGAUGGGAAUGUGGAACAUCACUGUACACUUGUCUAAGUACCAUUAACCUUGUGGCAUGAAUAAAUAUGUUUGUGAGAUGCACCACUACCUGGUACUACUUCUGGCGUGUUCCCCUGGCUCCUUCCUGUGUGUCAGGUGUGCUCUUAGUAGCUGAUCUGAAGUGCAGCAGGUGUGAUCAAAAUCUCACUGAUACUGAUACUGUUCAAUAAAUAUUAAAUAUGAUUUGACUACUUA